GAGCCGCCGAAGAGACAGGGGAAGCUCACGGCCGGGCGCUCCCGCUCUCCCACGGCUCCCGCCCCGACACCCCCGGCGCUGGGCGAAGCGGGGGCUGCCGUGGCUGCCCAGCCGGUGGUCCCGCCGGGAGCCCCGUGGAGCGGGGGGUCCAUGCCAGCCGGAGCAGGAGGGUGGCGGUAGGAGGUGCCUCUUCUCCUCCCCGAAGUGACAUGGAGCAGCUGAAGUGACCUGAGGAGCCGUCGCAGUGAGUGGAGCUGCCAUGGAGCACCCACGGGUGCCGCGGGGACAUGGGGAGCACAGCCCUCCUCGCAGUGGGUCCCCGCUACUGGCAGUGCCCAUGGGGACCCCAGUGUCCAGUGUGGUCCAGCGUGCUGAGCUGGGGGGUGGCAGGACCUCCUGGGGCCAGAGGGGUGCACCCCAGUGCCUCUACCCAUGUGUGCACACACGUGUGCCCUGCCGGGGGGCGUGGGGCUCACGGACCCUCUGUCCCACAGGCGGUGCCCAGGAUGGGCUGUGUGCCCUGCAAAGAGAAGGGGGCUGGCAAAGGGCAGGCAGGGGGCGAGGGGGGCUCUCUCCAGCCCCCUGCCUCCCAGUACGACCCCGAUCCCACGCAGCCAGAGGCCAUCUUCACCCGCAUCCCUGACUUCAACAACUUCCAGGGGCCAGCGGUGCCCUUGGCCCCGUCCUUCGCGGAGCCAGGGGGCUUCACCUCCAACGUGCUGCAGACGUGGAGCGGGGGCAUCACAGGCAGGGGGGUGACGCUGUUCAUCGCCCUGUAUGACUACGAGGCCAGGACGGAGGAUGACCUGACAUUCCAGAAAGGGGAGAAAUUCCACAUCAUCAACAACACGGAGGGGGACUGGUGGGAGGCCAGGUCGCUGAGCUCGGGUGCCACGGGCUACAUCCCCAGCAACUAUGUGGCCCCUGUGGACUCCAUCCAGGCAGAAGAGUGGUACUUCGGGAAGAUCGGGCGCAAAGAUGCAGAGCGGCAGCUCCUGUGCCACGGCAACUUCAGGGGCACCUUCCUCAUUCGGGAGAGUGAGACGACGAAAGGUGCCUACUCCCUCUCCAUCCGGGACUGGGAUGAGGCCAAGGGAGACCAUGUGAAGCACUAUAAGAUUCGGAAACUGGACAACGGGGGGUACUACAUCACCACCCGUGCCCAGUUCAGCACCGUCCAGCAGCUGGUCCAGCAUUAUAUAGAGCGGGCAGCUGGGCUGUGCUGCCGCCUGGGCGUGCCGUGCCACAAGGGAACCCCCAAACUGGCCGACCUCUCAGUCAAAACCAAAGACGUGUGGGAGAUCCCCCGCGAGUCCCUCCAGCUCCUCAAGAAGCUGGGAAAUGGGCAGUUCGGGGAAGUCUGGAUGGGCACAUGGAAUGGCACCACGAAGGUGGCGGUGAAGACGCUGACGGGGACCAUGUCCCCUGAGGCCUUCCUGGAGGAGGCUCCAGAUCAUGAAGCGCUGCGCCAUGAUAAGCUGGUGCAGCUCUACGCUGUGGUGUCGGAGGAGCCCCAUCUACUCAUCGUCACCGAGUUCAUGAGCCAGGGCAGCUUGUUGGAUUUCCUGAAGGAUGGGGACGGUCGCUACCUGAAGCUGCCCCAGCUGGUGGACAUGGCUGCCCAGAUUGCAGCGGGCAUGGCGUACAUUGAGCGGAUGAACUACAUCCACCGGGAUCUCCGUGCUGCCAACAUCCUGGUGGGAGACAACCUCGUGUGCAAGAUCGCUGACUUCGGCCUCGCUCGCCUCAUUGAGGACGACGAGUACACCGGCAUGCAGGGUGCCAAGUUCCCCAUCAAGUGGACGGCUCCAGAGGCUGCCCUUUUCGGGAGGUUCACCAUCAAGUCGGACGUCUGGUCCUUUGGCAUCCUCCUGACCGAGCUGGUGACCAAAGGCCGGGUGCCCUACCCAGGGAUGAACAACCGAGAGGUGCUGGAGCAGGUGGAGCGGGGGUACCGCAUGCAGUGCCCGGGGAGCUGCCCUCAGUCCCUGCAUGAGGUGAUGGUGCAGUGCUGGAAGAGGGAGCCCGAGGAACGCCCCACCUUCGAGUACCUCCAGUCCUUCCUCGAGGACUAUUUCACUGCCACCGAGCCCCAGUACCAGCCUGGGGACAACCAGUGACCCAGCGCUGGCACCCCCAGGAAGCUCUGGGGUGGCUUUGGGGUGAAUCUCCUCUUUUCUUUAGGAGGUUGUUGCUUCCUUCGUCUGUGCCCCUCCAAAAACGCCUGUGAGGGGUGCUCAGGGUGCCCAGGGAGGACACAGGGCUUUGCACAAGGUUGUUUGACUCAGAGAGGAGACAGAACUGUGCCCCCCAGCCCCGCCCUUCCCCCACUCCCUUUAUUGCCUUCACACCCAGCUCUGAACCUGAGAAGGGCUUUGGCUGCAAGGAGGAGUGUGAGUAACCCCCGUGAAUCCCCCAGACACCCCCAGACCCUCAGUAGCAGAGGGCUUGGGGGGAACUCCCCAUGCCAACCCCAAUCUCUUCUGGGAGCACAGCUGGGUGGGGUUCGGCCCCCCAAAAUCCUGGCACUGACCUGUGGGAGGUCAACUCAACCCUCCCGCCCUUUAUAUCUCCUUUAAUUUAUAAGAUUUUAUAUGCCUCCCCCCAGCAGCCACCGCCCCCACCAAGAGGUCCCUGUAUUUGGGGGACCCCCUCGUCCUCUGCCUUAUCUCCUCUGCUUUAUAGAAGAGCCAAGUCCUGAAAGCCAUACACCUCUGCGUGCACUGGGGGACAGGGGGGCCUGAGGGGGGCACACGAGGAGUCCUGGGGGGCCCAGGCAGGGUGGGGGCAGCUCUGCCCCAGGGGCUGUUCCCUCCUGCCCCGAGGGGGCAGGAGGAGGGUACGGGAUGGGGUCAGCCCCACAGCGCUUGGGGUGGUCCCGGCUGCAGCAGGAAUUAAGGGGGGUCUGGGGGGCACAGUCAGCGUGUCAGUGUGACUCUAAUGGCUCUGGGGGCGGAGGGGGCCACCCUGUCUGCUGCCCCUCCAGGCACUCCCAUUCUCGAGUCCCAGUCCUGUGCCCCAUGGCCAGUAGCACCCCUGCACCCCCAGGGCAGGGCUGUGGGUGGACAGUGCCGGGGGGGGGCGGA